AUGAAUCCGUUAGGUGUUCUUAUGUGGAAACAUUUGGUGGGUAGGAAGAGGAGAUACAUCCUCACUACCGCUGAAAUAUUAUCACCUUUGGCGUUCUUUGUGCUCUUAUAUUUAUUUAAGGGCUAUAUAACUGCUAGUACCAAAUCGAGAUUGUCUGAUGAAUUUACAGUCCAAAAUACGGAACCAGUGGAGUUGAAAAACUUGCCGGGGCCCACAGCUGUAUUCUACAGUCCCGAUACAGACCUCACCGGCCUUCUCAUGGACCAGGUUGGGGAAAGCUUACACUUGAAAAGGAAUAAAUACACUCCAGGAUAUCUUGAGGAGAGUGGAUACAUGCCAUUCAAAAAUCUAUCUGAUGUACUUUAUGCUAAUAGGAAACUAACGGAUACAGAUGCCAUCGUACUGUUUGAAAAUAUGACCGGUUCGUGGCCUGAACGACUGAACUAUACCAUCAAGAUGAAAGGUGACUUCCAAACUCACAAAGUCACCGUCAACGACGAGUCCUUGGGGCCACACGAGAGCUUCGGUACGAUAUAUGAGCCCUUCAUGAAACUACAGUGGGCCAUAGACACUAGCUACCUCAAACUGUUAACCGGUACUGACAUCAAACAGCGUGUGACGAUCCAAGAGUUUCCUUACGUUCGCCAGCGUGAGGUACCAGUGAUAAAGGAAAUUUGCAACCUUCUGCCAUUCCUCUGUUGGAUAUCUUUAAUACUGACAUUCGUGUAUGUAAUGUCGAAGCUUCUAGAAGAAAGGAUCACUGGUAUUCAGGAGCUGAUCAAGAUGGUGGGAGUGACAAGCUUCCAGAUAAAUGUGUCCCAUUUCUUGAACAUGUUGCCUAUCGGUGUUAUUUUCUGUGUGUUCGGGACCGUAGUGCUGACGGCGACCUCAUCUCCCAUCAUACCACAGACCAACCCGUUUCUCAUCACUACAUUCUUGUUGUUGCACUUUGUGAACGUGAUGUGUAUGGCCUAUGGUAGCAAUUACAUCGUUACUAGCACUCAGUACUCCACAACAAUAGCUGCACUAGUGUACCUCUUGGCAGAUUUUCCAACAACCUUAAUAGGAAAGAGCGCUCCUAAGUGGGCGCUGCCGGUCGUCGGGUUGCUGCCCUUCAUGCCUACUUACUGGUUCUGGUGGGAGGUCGGCGAGAUGGAGGCUUACGGAAAGGGCGCCGGAUUCGGUUCUAUUGGGAAGGUCCACGACGUUCAAUCUGGUAGUAUCUUGGCAGCCUUCGCUUUGAUGUUAGCUCAAUCAGUGAUUUACCUCUUACUGGGCUGGUACCUAUCACUAGUGAACCCUGGACCAUACGGACAACCGCUGCCAGCUAACUUCCUAUGUACCUCGGAGUUUUGGACUAAGAAGCAAGUUGUCCCUGAGAUGGACACCGAGGAAGAAACUGAACUCGCAGAAAGACAGGACCCAGCGUACUUUGAAACACCGCCCAAGGACAUGUACCCUGGGAUCAGAAUCGUGAACGUGUCAAAGGUGUUCCCUAAACACCGCGCCCUCAACAAAGUAUCGUUGGACGUGUACCGCGGAGAGAUCACGGUGCUACUGGGACACAACGGAGCCGGCAAGACGACGCUCAUGUCGAUUAUAACAGGUAUGAUGAGCGCGACCGAGGGCAAGGUGUACGUGGAGGGCUUCGACUCGAGCUCCCAGAAGAGCCAGAUGAGGAAGCUGCUGGGUCUGUGUCCACAACACAACCUGUUCUUCCCAGACCUCACUAUACAGGAACACGUGAUUUUCUUCACCAUGCUCAAGGGCAGUUCGUAUCAAGAGGCGAAACAGUCAUCUGCGAAGCUGCUGAAACAGUUGGGGCUUGGAGAAAAGAUGGAUGCCAAUAGUAGUGAUCUGUCGGGAGGAAUGAAGCGGCGGCUACAGUUAGCGUGCGCGUUGGCGGGAGACGCCGCGGUAUUGAUACUAGAUGAACCGACUUCCGGCCUGGAUAUAGAGACGCGCAGAGAACUAUGGGACCUGCUACUGUCUCUCCGUGGCUCCCGCACGGUGUUGUUGUCAACUCACUUCAUGGAGGAAGCGGAUGCUCUCGGCGACCGCGUGGCGGCGCUUCACUCCGGCCGGCUGGUCUGCUACGCCACAACUAUGCAUCUCAAGAAAGCUAUCGGGACCGGGUACCGUCUGUCAGUGAUCACGGUGGACGUCCCUCGCGAGGCCUCCAUCACGUCCCUCAUCACGUCGCACGUGCCGGACGCCACUCUCAAGGAACAGACCCUCAAUUCCCUCUCAUACAAUCUGCCCUCCAAAGACACCAGCAGGUUCCCGAAACUAUUCAACAGCUUAGAAUCGAAGAAAUCCGAACUGGGAAUCAACUUUAUAGGAGUCGGUAUAUCGACGUUGGAAGAAGUGUUCUUGAAACUGUGCAGCGACACUAGCGCUGGGUUGACGCUCGACGAGGUGGAUAUGGGACCCAGUGAACCCCAGUACGAGCUCAUCAGCGGCGUGAAGCUGUACGCGCGACAGAUUGUGGCGCUGGUGACGAGACAACUGAAAUAUAUGAACGCGAGAAGAAACAUUUUUGCGACUGUGGGCGUGAUCCUGCCUCUCUGCAUGAUCACAUUGAUGACGAUCACCUUGAACUCCAAACAGAAGACUGAAAAGAAAGACGACAUCGUUAACUUGAACCUGGACCUGUACCCGCAGCCGCACAGGAGGGUGUUGAUGAACGUGGAGCCCGGGACUAACGUGCGGGCGUUGGGAGAUUCAUACCCGGACGUGGACUUUGAACUGACCAGCGACGUGGCUGACGCGGUCUUCCGAACCAGCAAGAAGGAUGUUUUUGAAUACAACAAAUAUUUGGUCGGCAUCGAACUUAACGAAACACACGCCAAUGCGUUAUACACGACGGUGGUCCGUCACGCGGCGCCCGUGUCGCUGAGCCUGUUGUCCAACACGCUGGCCGGGCGGCUGGUGGCGGGCGCGGACGGCCGGCUGCUGGCCACACACAACGAGCCGCUGCAGGAAGACAAACCCGCAGCCAUCAUCGAACCCAAGCCCUCACAGAACGCCAUGCUGUGGGGCAUCAUCAUCAGCGUCAUCGUGCUGACCACGUCCGCCAACUACAUGUCUUUAACGUGUAACGAGCGCGCGUCCGGCACGCGUCACCUGCACGUGCUGUCAGGCUGCUCGGUCCAGCUACACUGGUUCUCUACGCUGCUGUGUCACGCUACGCUGUGUAUACUCACGCUGGCGCUGCCCGCUGCACUAGCUGCCUUGCUAGACGAUGACAAAACUAUCGACGAACCUGACUUCAUGGGCUUCAUUUUCUUCCUGUACGUGUGCGCGCUGCUGUCGUUCCUCUCCUUCACGUAUUUCUUGAGUUUAUUCUUCAAGGAGAACGCCGCGAACAUCGUCACGAUGGUCUGCAUUAUAUUAUUCGGUUUCUUCACGCCGACUCUAAAGACGGCGACUGACGCGUUGCAGCAAAACCUGGACAGUUUCUGGGAUUACUUGCUGCUGUUAGUGAGUUUUACUAUGCCGCCUCACGCGACCGUAAGGGGAGGGAUCAAGGCGGCUGAGGACGCGCGGGUCAACGCUAUGUGCAAACUGAACAGACCUGGAGGCUGCAAACUGCAGGGACAUCUCAAUGUGACAGACUACGACAAGUGCUGCGUACAAAACAUUGACCCCAGAUGUUACAUGUGCUUCGACAAAACAGCGCCCCUGUCGGAGUGUAUCGUUCUACUGGGUCAAUUCGUAUUCUAUAUGAGUUUAGUGCUCAUCUUUGAGAACGGUAUAUUCAGUAAGCUGAAAGAAAAAAUCUUCAAUUCGUCGUAUAGACCUACUAGCAGCUCCUCAACGAGGAUGGUGGCCGCUGAGAAACAAUAUGUGGAUAAGGCGAUAGCACUGCCUCAACGUGAUAUACCCGACGCGGUGUUGGUCAGUAACAUCUACAAGAGAUACUUCUCAUGUGUGUGUAAGCCCUUCGAAGCGGUAAAGGGACUCAGCUUUUCAGUUAAGAGAGGUGAAUGUUUCGGUCUGUUGGGUGUUAACGGCGCGGGUAAGUCCACCACGUUCAGGAUGUUGGCGGGCAUCGAGUAUCCUUCAAAAGGUCAAAUCUUGGUCAACGGGCACUUCAUGAGCCGCUCAAAUACUAAGUAUCUCCACUCCCUGGGCUACUGUCCGCAGUUCUUCGGUCUAGACUCGUUCCUGUCGGGUCACGACAACAUCGCCUUACUGCUGACACUCAAGGGACUAGACCAGGAAGACGUGGACAAGGAAGUGGACUCGUGGAUCAGGAUCGUGGGUCUGGAGCGCUACGCCCUCCAGGCCGUGUCGGGGUACUCCGGGGGCUGCGCCCGUCGUCUGUCGGCGGCGGCGUCCCUGUGUGGGGGGGCUCCGGUGGCGCUCCUGGACGAGCCCACGGCCGGCGUGGACGUGGCGGCCAGGAGGAGGGUGUGGGCCGCGCUGAGGAGAGCCGCGCCUAAUAGAGCCAUCAUCAUCACCUCACACAGUAUGGACGAGAUGGAGGCUCUAUGUAGUCGGAUCGGUAUUAUGGUGGGCGGCCGCUUGAGGGCGCUGGGGUCGGCCGCGGAAUUGAGAGCAACACACGCAGCGGGACACGCCGUCCGACUAAAGUUGACCUCUCCCAUCCCCACCGGAGAAACUGAUGAGACUGACAGCACCAUCUCAGACAUCGCGCGACUUAAAGGGAGGCUUCACGAUAUGUUCGAGUGUACACUCAAGGAUGAACACAAGACAAUGCUACAUUACCAUAUAAAUGAAACACUACGAUACAGCGAGUUGUUCAGUCAACUGGAGCAACUCAAAAAGGACUUCCCUUCACUGGUUGAAGACUACGAUAUUACGGAGACCACGCUCGAAGAAGUUUUCCUUACACUAGCUCGAGAACAAGAAGAAACAUAUGAAGCGAGGGUGUAG